AUGCACCUCUCAAGGACUAAAUCAGUGUACAGACAGGAGUCCAAUAUAGGAUAUGAAAAUGUAACUGAUGGAGACGAAACCAGUCAAGAGACUAAAAAUGUGUUUGAGUGGGCGAAGCAGGGUAACACCGUGGCACUGGAGAGGCAUUCAUGCUCCCUGGCAGCACGUGACAGCAUCGGUGCCAGUCCUCUGCACUACGCUGCAUGCAAAGGACACCUCCGCACCAUUAAACUGAUCGUGCAGGUUGCCGGGCAGCAAGAGAUGAAUGUCACCGAUGAGGAGGGGAACACUCCUCUACACUGGGCUGUCCAGAAGGACCAGAGAGGGAGCUGUUCGGUAUUGAUGACACUUGGAGCCAACCCAAACAUCUUGAACAAGUGCCUCCUUUCCCCCCUGCACCUGGCUGUCAGCCUGGGCCACAAUUCUUUAGUGGAGGAACUCCUUUCGCACAGCCAGACAAAUGCCAACCUGGAAGGGGAACUGGGGAACACUCCUCUUAUUUUAGCCUGUACUGUGGACAACCACGUAGCUGUCGAAACACUGUUUCAGCAUGGGGCAAAACUAUGUCGACAAAACAAGUUGGGGCAUUUUCCUAUUCAUGCCGCGGCUUUUGCUGGAGCAAAAAAAUCAAUGGAAGUGGUACUUAAAAGGGGUGAAGAGGUUUGCAUGUCGACCGAGUCUCAUAUAAACUAUGUGGACAAAACCUGCAGUAGCCCCCUCCAUCUGGCUGUGCGUGGAGGGAACCUUGAAGUCAUUAAAUUCUGCAUCGCUCAGGGAGCAAAGAUCGACCAGCAGCAGUGCGACAAGUCCACAGCCCUUCAUUUUGCAUGCACUCAAGGUGCCACUGAAGCGGUAAAAGUCAUGAUCUUGGCUUACGACCGAGUGCGUGACAUCAUCAACAUCACCGACGGAGCUUGUCAGACACCCCUGCAUAAGGCAACCAUUUUUGAUCACUGUGAACUGGCUGAAUAUCUCAUCUCUAUGGGAGCAGAUAUUGACUUUGUAGACUGUAAAGGUCACUCUCCUUUGCUUCUGGCUACAAGUUGUGGAGCCUGGAGAACAGUGAACCUGUUACUAUCUCACGGAGCUGAUUUGAAGAUAAAAGACAAGUCCGGCUGUAACUUCUUGCAUUUGGUGAUCCUUCAGCCCAGGGGUCUCAAAAACCUGCCAACAGAGGUGCUACAGCACGAGACCAUACGAGAACUCCUUAUGGACGAGGACCUUGAAGGCUGCACCCCUCUACACUACGCCUGCAGGCUGGGAAUUCCAGAAACAGUGAAAAACAUGCUAGGGCUGGAGGUGUCACUGGACCAGAAGUCCAAACAGAAGAAAUCUGCUCUACACUUUGCUGCAGAGUAUGGAAGGAUAAAUACUUGCCAAAGGCUGCUGGAGACGAUGACAGACACGAGACUCUUAAAUGACGGGGACGAGAAGGGCAUGACUCCCCUCCAUCUUGCCUCCCGUGGCGGUCACGUGAAAGUGGUGGAACUACUGCUCCGAAAAGGUGCUUUGUUCCACAGUGACUACAAAGGAUGGACUAGCUUACACCAUGCAGCAGCCGAAGGAUACACUCAGACAAUGGAUACUCUACUGGCAUCAAACAUCAAAUUACUGGACAAAACCGACGGAGACGGGAACACUGCCCUGCAUCUGGCUGCCAGAGAAGGGCACGUAGCAGCCGUGAAGCUACUGCUGCACAGGGGAGCCCAAUUCAUCCUCAACAAAAGCGACGCCUCCUUUCUGCAUGAAGCAGUGCACAAUGGCCAAAAGGAAGUGACCAACGCUGUGAUUGAGAGCGACAGGUGUGAAGAGGCCAUAACAACGUUUAAGUUCAAUUCAGCAAAACGCUGUACUGUUAUGGAUAUGAUAGAGUUACUCCCAGAGUCCUUUAAGUAUCUACUGGACACCUGUAUCAAAGAGUCAGAGGACGACGUGAGCUCUUGCAACUAUUCUAUUGAGUAUAACUUCAAAUGGCUUCAGCAUCCAUUGCAGAGUGUAAGGGGACCAAAGGAUGUCAAGGACAAUUACAAGCCACUGGCUGCGCUAAAUGCCAUGGUACAAUACAAUCGAAUUGAGCUGCUUACCCAUCCAGUCUGCAAGAAAUACCUGGAGAUGAAAUGGAAUGCGUAUGGGGUUAAGGCACACCUACUUAAUAUGAUUGUGUAUGCCUUGGGGGUGUAUCCGCUCACUUACCUCAUCGUGAAUUUGAGACCAACCCUAAAUAAAGAAAACAACGUGACUACCGUCCACAUGGCCACCAGGUCCCUGGAUCAGCAAUGCUACAUCAUAACAACCUGUAUGUUCCUGGUUCUUGCUAUGAAUAUGUAUGCAGUUGGAAAGGAGCUGAUGCAGAUGGUUCACCAGCGUCUGCACUACCUGCACGAUGUGUCUAACGUGCUGGACUGGUCGGCUGCCAUCUGCUCUCUGGUCUUUGUGGUGCCUUUGCUGAUGAAUCUGAAGAGCACUUGGCACUGGGAGGCCGGAGCUCUGGCCACCCUGUUCUCUUGGGUGAACCUCCUGCUCUACCUGCAGAGAUUUGAAAGGUUCGGGAUUUACGUGGUGAUGUUCCGAGAGAUCUGCAAGACCCUCCUGAGCAUCAUAGUGUUGUUCUUCUACCUGAUACUGGGAUUUACCUUGUCCUUCUACGCGUUGAUGAUAGAGCAGAGGAAUUUCAGCAAGGUCUUCCUGUCACUGAUGCAAACAUUUGUGAUGAUGGUUGGAGAGAUUAACUACCAGGAAAAUUUUCUGAAACCCUUUCUGGCCCGAGAGCUUCCUUUCCCUCACAUGUCGUACGCGAUCUUUGUUUGGUUUGUCUUACUGGUGCCCAUCCUCCUCAUGAACCUACUGAUUGGUUUGGCGGUUGGUGAUAUAGCAGAAGUCCAGACCAACGCUUCCUUGAAGCAGAUUGCAAUGCAGAUCGAGCUCCAUACUAACCUGGAAGAGAAGCUGCCAAAAUGGUUUAUGAAACGCGUUGACCAGGAGUCUAUCAAAGAGUAUCCAAAUAAAUGCUACAAGGGGAAGAGAAGAAUUUUCUGGUUCGGGAGCGCCGUGCAGAGGUCAAGAACGCGUCUCAGUCCCAUCGCUCAUCAGUCAACCCCACUGGAGCGAGAGCUCACCAAACAGAAAUGCAGAUUGAAAGAGAUAUCUGACUCCAUGGAGAAACAGCACAACCUGCUGAAGCUCAUUGUGCAGAAGAUGGAGAUCUGCUCAGAGGCAGAGGACCAUGACGGACCCCCAAUGUGUAGGGACUUCAGGGACAAACUUCUCUCUAAGAGCAAGUGGGGGCCCCUCCUGAGAGCCGUCACAGCCAGGAAAGUGAAGAAGCAACAGUCUGCGUUCAAGAUUUGAAACAGAAAGUAUGAAGUAGCUAUUGCUCAGUGGAUUUCAGUGAAGAGGGGAGUUGUUGCCACUGUUGCUAUGUCGAU